CUGUGGGCAGCUGCACCGGGCCGACGCCGCUUCCCCGCCCACACCCAAGCCUUGUGUCCGCCUGGGUGGCCCCGGCUCUGGCUCCUGCCGGGAAUGGGCAGCCGGCCUUGUGUCCUUCCUGUCCCCUCUGGCGUUGAGGGUAGCGCAGGGCGGGCCAUGGAUGAGCGGAAGUGGGAUCUGUGAGCGACGUCGCCCUGGGCGCCCAGGCCCGAGGCGCCGUCGGGGCUACCGCGAUGCGUGAAUGGAGAACGCUGGGCGCCGGGGUGCGCACCGACGUCUAAUCGGGUCGCACAGGCUCGGCGGGGCGGGGGCUGUCCAGCACCGACCAACCUCCCGGGGCAUGGGAACAUGAAGCCAAGCUCAAAGCUCACUGCAGGCGAGGCGCGCAGUGCGCGAGCGUGCCCUGUCUGCGGGUGAACUGCUUGGAGCCCCGGGAUUUGGUAAUUGGCGCGAGCGGGCGCGCACGCAUGCGCGAGGCGGCGGCGGGCACUUGGCGGGGUGCUGUGUAGCGCUGCGUGGGAAGCGCCCCAGUGCCCCGGUGACCUGCUUGCCCUGCGAUCCCCGCCUUUGGUGCCAGAUGUGACUGAGGCCUGCGCCACCAUGGGUCCCACACUGCCACCGCCACCGUCUGGCCCCUGUAGCCCUGAACAGGCCAGGAGGGACCGACACUGGUCUCAUUUAUCGUGGGGCCGACCUGCCCUGAGUCCUCACGCUCAUGCGGCUUAGUGGCCUCUUCCUGCAGCCCAUUGUCAGUGGCGGCAUGGUCUUCUGUCCGGAGAACAAAGAGCCACGCCGUCCGCUGCGAAGCGCCAUGGUCCACUUUCAGGCCUCAGAAGUCCAACAGCUGCUACACAACAAGUUCGUGGUCAUCUUGGGAGACUCAAUCCAGCGAGCUGUGUACAAGGACCUGGUGCUCCUGCUCCAGAAAGACUCACUGCUUACAGCCGCCCAGCUGAAAGCCAAGGGGGAGCUGAGCUUUGAACAGGACCAGCUGGUGGCUGGGGGUCAGCUGGGCGAGCUGCACAACGGGACACAGUACCGGGAGGUCCGCCAGUUCUGCUCGGGCUCUGGCCACCACCUUGUGCGCUUCUACUUCCUCACCCGAGUUUACUCCGAGUACCUCGAGGGCGUCCUGGAGGAGCUGACAUAUGGGCCUGCCCCGGACCUGGUGAUCAUCAACUCCUGCCUCUGGGAUCUCUCCAGGUAUGGCCGCUGCUCAAUGGAGAGCUACCGAGAGAACCUGGAGCGGGUGUUUGUGCGCAUGGACCAGGUGUUGCCAGACUCCUGCCUGCUUGUGUGGAACAUGGCGAUGCCCCUGGGCGAGCGUGUCACUGGGGGUUUCCUUCUGCCCGAGCUCCAGCCACUGGCAGCCUCUCUUCGGCGGGAUGUGGUUGAAGGGAACUUCUACAGUGCCACGCUGGCUGGGGAUCACUGCUUCGAUGUCCUAGACCUCCACUUUCAUUUUCGGCAUGCAGUACGGCACCGUCACCGGGACGGUAUCCACUGGGACCAGCAUGCCCACCGCCACCUCUCACACUUGCUUCUGACCCAUGUAGCUGAUGCCUGGGGCGUGGAGCUGCCCAAGCGUGACUAUAUCCCUGACCGACGGACUGAGGACUGGCCAGAGCCGGAUCAUCUGUUCCAGGGGAGCCAGGCGCAGCCCCCAGACUUCGGGGAGCAGCUGGCCUUGCCCCCACCCCUGCCCCCUCCCAUGCCUUUUAUCUACCCCCUUCCUCAGCCCUCCCUGCCUUCCCUGUUUCCAUCCCUGCCCCAGGAUGCCCCCUCUUUCCCAUGCCAGCCCCUCCCACCCCAUGAGUUCUUCGAUUGUAAUACGACGGAAGACUUCUCAGUGCCACCCCACUUAGGAUGUGGCCCUGUAGUGAACUUUGUGCCUGGCCCCCUGCCACCUCCAGUCCCUGGGCCCGUCCUCCAUGGUCAGCACCGGGGCCCAGUGGUCCACCGUGGGAUGCCACGCUGUGUUCCCAACAGCCCCUACGAAGUGCCGAGGAUGGGGGGACCCUGCAGGCAGCGGCUCAGACAUUCAGAAAGACUGAUCCAUACAUACAAACUGGACAGACGGCCUCCUGCCCACUCGGGGACAUGGCCUGGUUAGACUGGAUCUUGGGCUGGGGCUGGAUGUGCUAAUGGCCCUGCAGGGCCUGCUUGCCACCCCAGGUACGGGGCCUGGGUGUCUGCUGCACUUGGCACUGUCCUUUUCCAUUGCUGUGACCAAUAAAGGCGUGGAAGAAGAGAGCGGCAUCUUCCUGUGUGAAGGAGCGGGUCUCCCAGACCACGGCCUUAAGGGUUGGAGAGACCCUUAAGGGCUCUCUCCAGCUUCUGACCUUCCUCCUCACACUGGUUAGAAACCACUGUAUACGUCCUUCCUGCUGCUUCACGUUCUCAUUCUCACCAGAACACAAAUGUGCUUAAUAAAGAUCCUGGAGGGGCU